AGCUCACUUCCUUCUCUCACUGUGGAACUCGUUCGUGGUUCUGAUGAGAACCCACUUCACUCACUACUGAAAAGUGAAGCGCCAAAUCAUUCACACCGUUUUCUUGCUGCUAUUGUCGAGAGCUGCACCGUGUGACAACAGCUCUCCAAUAUCCCGACGCUUCUUAUUGUCGACUUGUAAUCCAUAAAUCGAGUCACGACCGCACUUCGCAUUUGCGCGCUUACGAAAAACAUUCCUGAUCAAACAUUCGACAACGAGAUCGAAUCUAGCAUCCACCACGAUGACAGACGAUAACAGAGCUACUCGAAAGCGCGAAUUGAGCGAAUCUCCUGAACCAGCAAAAGACGGUGGCUUUGGUGCUCUUUCCAACAAGAGGCGCUUCAUCCUUGAUAACGAACCGCUGCAGACCACGAACGAUCGCAAACAUCUGGAGGGCGAAACAUUCAACGCGCUCGAUGUGCUCGCCCAAGUCGCUGCUGCAGCUCCGCGUCUUCCAAUCGUCAGAAAUCGCAAACGCGUAAUUCUCAAGACACCGACUCCACCUCCUCAAGUCAAGACAUUCAACCUUCUGACUGGUCUUGUUUCGCAUGUCGAUAUCUUGCUUCAAGUCACAAGCUAUCUUCCACCACAGACGCUGCUUAAUCUAUACAGCAUCUCCGCGCCCUUCCACUAUGUCAUGGAUAGUCACUUUACAGCGUUCAUCAAGGCCGCCACGCACACAUGGGCUCCCGAUGCAGACCGAUACUUCCCUUGGUGGUGUUACCGUCAGCUCUGCAUCGAAGAUCCUGCUUUGCGUCGCGCUAGACCCGACCGCCGAAGCGUGAGUUGGAACGAUUUCACUCCCAAGCCGGAGUCGGACACGUCUUCUCAGGACAAGUUCGAUGGAUCUGACACCCACACUUCCAAUUCUGGAGACAGUCCAAACAGCAUCAAGUCUGAGAGCCAAGCCGAAACAAAGGCAAGAGUCAGCAAGCUGGUCAAACAUCGUCAGACAAUCGCCGCACCAGUGCCAGGCUUUCGAUGGCUGAAGAUGGUGGUGUAUCGUGAAUCAGUUUGUCGAGAAAUUGUAGGUUGGCUCGCAGCCCACGGCCAUCGCAUCCCGCGUCUGGAAGGUGUUGAUGCUCUCAAGAAAAUGUGGUUUCUUCUCGAUGUUCCUGUCAACGGGCCGCGCAUAGCCUUGAUACACAACACUAUCUACUUCACCAAGGAGACGCUCGCCGUGUUGCAACUCUUUUUCAUCAAACUCGACAUGCUUUAUUGCAAUCCAGUACACUUCUAUGGCGGUGAGGCAUCUAUGCGUGAGAUGCUGCUCGCCGAGAGAAGCCUCACCACCCUUUGGAACUAUCUGCGCGGUGCGGAUGGCACUUCAAAGCUUGACACCAUGCGCCUCUGGAUCAGACAUCGCUACAAGAGACCACAGCCCAUCAGACCGAUGACUAGCGAGGCGCACGAGGAGCAUCUGGCAAAGUUGAGCAUGCCGAUCAUGGGCGUUCCUGCACAACUCGUCGGUCGCUGGGGCUACGAAUGUUGGGGCCUAGGACAGACCAAGUUGUUGCGCCCUGACGAAUUGGUAUUGAAGGAAGCUGUCAGACGUCGUGCUGGUCUCCAGAGAAUGUUCCUGUCUUAUCUUUCCUACGGAUAUCUCGAUGCAGACCUCAAUCCUCUGCCGACCAAUGUCAAACCUGAAGAUGUCGUUCUCAGUAUGAUUCGCAGAAAGAAGCACAGGGAGCUGAAGGCAAAAGAGUCCGAUGGUAUGGACAUUGACAAGAAAGAGGAGGACGAGAAACCUGCUCGGGGCCAAGGCUCUACAUCGUUGGAAGACAGAAUUAGGGCCAUGCUCGCUGAGAGACACGGCUGA